AGUUGUGUUCGACCUACAUGUAGUGCUACAGAGAGAGCCUGAAAAAGCAACGUUUCCAGCCAAGGUUGUAAAAGAAGAGGUGGAGUAUCCAGACAUGCCCAGGGGCCUCGGCUGCCCGGCGAGCCCUGAGGGGGCGGGAGGUAGAUAUGAGACCCCCCCAGCUUCAGAGCUCCAGAGGCUGAUGUGGACAAAGACAGGGAGCUGCAACCAUCUGGAUGAGGUUCAGCCCAGGAUCUAUAUCGGAGACAUGUACGCAGCCAAAGACAAGAGGACACUUCAAGCUCACCACAUCACCCACGUGCUUAAUGCUGCCGAUGGGAAGUUCAAUGUGAACACGGGGCCGAGCUUCUACAGAGACACCAGCAUCACUUAUCAUGGAGUGGAAGCUUUUGACAUGCCGUCCUUUAACUUGAGCCCCUUCUUUUACUCAGCCGCCAAUUUCAUCAAGAACGCUCUGAGCUCGCCCACAGGUAAAGUGUUUGUCCACUGCGCGAUGGGCCUCAGCCGCUCGUCCACCUUGGUCCUGGCGUAUCUGGUGAUCCAUGAGAACAUGACGCUGGUGGACGCGAUUAAAGCCGUCAGCGCCAACAGAAAUAUCUCACCCAACAAUGGUUUCCUGGAGCAGCUGAGAGAGCUGGACAAACAACUGCACUACCAAGGAUCAUCGAGGAGCCGGAACGGAAAUGGGCGGACUUGAGAUGAAAUCAGUCCGUAAUAGUGGAUCACCAUGUUGCCUCCUGUCAGUUUGAAGUUUUUAAGUAACCCACAUCAGUGUGAUAAGAACGGUCUGAAAUAACAGAAAGCACCCUUCAGAGAAAAUGUAUUUAAUGUACUUCUAAAUUUGUCCCAUGUCCCAUCCACUCACAUGGAUGAGGUGGGGCUUAUGACCUAUACUGCAGCCAGCCACCAGGGGGGGGAUCUAAAUGUUCUGGCUUCACUUCAGGGGAGCUGUCAUCCAUCUUUAUAACAGUCUGUGUGAUGAAUCAAAUUGCAUUAAAUCGCACUGCAUUGCGACAGCAGUGAAUCAUAACGCAUUAGCA